GAUCAGUUAAGAUUCGCUCAUUAAUUUCAAGCUCCCACGGUUUUGUUACUACUUGCGCCAAUCCACCAAGGCUCAUCACCCGCCCACCAAUCUACUUAACCAACCACAUAUACAUACAUCCCAUCUCAGCGUCCAUCAAGCGCACAGAAAAAACAAAAUGCCACAUCUAGAUACUGCCCAAGAAUGGCUCACACAAUCUUCGAUGUUGUUAAAAGCACAUCCUAGCACCACUCGCAUAACAACCAAAUACACCCUCCUGCACGCAGCAACCUCCACCCACGCCCCCUCCACCACCCAUUCCACAGCCACCAAACCGCGCCUACCCAAACCGAGCUCCACCCCUCAAGCCCCCACCGCCGUAAAACCAGAAUCCCAACCCCGCGGCACCCUCACUCUCACAACUUUCAACCCCCACUCCGGCGUAAACCUCAAGUACACCACCAACAAAGCGGCAGAAGUAUCGCGCCUCAUACAAAUCAUGGGACGACUCGGAAAGCUCAUGUGCGGAUUACCCGAGACGGAGGAGAAAGAGGGACUAGGCGAGAUUAAUAUGGCUGAGGCGCCGGUGGAGGAGGAAGUCGAUGAGAAGAAGGAUGUUGGAAAGGGACAAGCGCAAACACAGACGCAACCACAAGGUGGAAAGGGAAAGAAGAAGAAGGGUAAGAAAUGAAUUGUUGACUGAGGGAUUACAUCGUUCAGGGGGGUUAAAGAAGAAGCAGAGGAAGAGAAAGAAGAUCUGGGUUUAAUUGGCGGACUCAGUAAAAGAUCUGCGCAUUCGGCAAAACUCUCCUCGUCAGAGAUUAAAAUCAUGUAUUGCAUCGCAAAAGUUGCCAGAUCGUCAAUGGAUCCUCCCUUGCUAUUUGGCGAAAUUUAGAGGGUUGGGGUGAAAACCUGUAUAUAAUAUGGAUUUGAAUUGUGCUCGUGCGGGCAGUAGGUAGGUAUACUAUGGAUGUUUGCAUGGAGAGGACGGCAGUGGAGUUAUGGUCAUAGAAGAUAUACCAAAAGUUAUCCAGGAAAAUCAUGACAAAACUAGUCAGUUGCAUCACAGUUCAAUCAAAACA